CGUAUGAAACUAAGCUCUUUAUAAUGAAUGCCUUUAAUCAUCACAACCACCCCACGCGGUGCGCAUAUUCAUUCCCAUUUUACACAUGAAAAAACCAAGACUGAGGGCGUAUGCAGCAUGCUCAGGUUCACCUGGCUAAUGCAGAGAGCUGGGUUUCCAGCCACAUUUUUACUUCAAGGGGCCGCUGACACCCUCCAAGAGACGUGGUGGUUCAAAACUAUUUCUCAUCCCCGCUCUGUGAGCCAAAAGCCUAUUUCCUGAGGUGGUCAGAGAGAUUCAGAGCAGACUGACACCUUUUCCAUCACUGACACAAAGAGGAGUGUAUUAAAAACAGUAUGUAGCCCUGGGGAUCUAAAAUUUGGCUUUUUGGAGCCAAAUCGGACAGGCAUUGAAUGUCACACGAGGCUGGGUGGUUUUACAAAACGCCACUUGUUUAAAUUUCAUCACUCUGUCAGGAAUAACAGCAACGUAGUGGAGCCUCAGAGUCCUGUUCAGAGGGGCGAGCUGUUCUGGGGAAAUUUAUUUCAAAAGUUAUUCUGAAGUAAAACUUGCCCACUGCGGGGUGAGGUUGGACAGUGAUCCUAUAUCCUAGGUAAUGAGGCUAUGAAAGCAGCUAGUCUGUGUUCAGCUUAUGUAAGUGGGACCCAGUCUCUGGGCGACUUGGGUAAACCGGUAUAGAAUUUAACAGGGUGACUAGCAGUGACAGCAGCAGUAAGACCCCCAUUUCUAAUGUGGCGUUAGGGCUGGAGAUUAGAUGUGGACAGGGGUGUCUGAGUCCUACAUAGCGGGGCUGGAAUGGGGCUGGAUUACUAGUCUGAGAUCUGGGUUCAUGCAGCAACCACACUUUUUUACUCACACUGUUCAUUUGGGCUUGGGUGGAAGGAGGCUGAUGAGGAUUUGGGGGAAAUCAAGGGGCUCUCCCUGGCACUGCAUGAAGUCGCAGAACCAGUGGCAAAAGUUCAGACUUUGGAGACAAUUACUUCUCGGGUGGGAGCCCCAGCCCUGCCUCUUGCCUGCGAUGUCGCCAAUCUGACUGCGCUUGCUGGAGACGGGAAAUGUGGCAGGGCACUGCAUCCCCCAACACAUGUAGGAACUUAGAGAAUGCCAGUUAUUACAAUAACCCUUAACACCAAUUCGAUGCAGAAGUCUUUUAAAUAUCGUAAGCCUCGUCGUUUUAUUCCACAUGGUUUUCUAGGUAACCAAAUUCUCGGAGGUGCGUCGCAUCCCGGCCAUGCCCAGCAGGACGGUGUUCUCUAAACGGCACUGAUGCCCGAUUUCAACCCCGAGGAGACUGCGGACCUCGACUGUGGCCCCCACGAGGGCCGGUCCGCCCUCACUCCACCCUCUGAGGCUGGGGCGGAGUCGACCGGCCGGCCCCGAGACCCCUCGCCUUCCUUGUGGAGCAAGGUCCCGGAAGCCGCGGCUCUUACAUAACCGGGAUGAUGUAAGGGCGGGCGACUCCCGCGGGGCGGGACCGGGGCGGAGGCCGCGCCGGGAGCGCGGCGGGGCUCGGCGUGCGGCGCGCCCGCCAUGUCCCUGUACCGCAGCGUCGUGUGGUUCACCAAGGGGCUGCGCGAGGACACCAAGAGUGGCUAUGAAUCUGCGUCCAAAGACUUUGUCCCUCAUGACUUGGAGGUCCAGGUUCCUGGAAUAGUCUUUUUGGUCACUGGAGGAAACAGCGGCAUUGGCAAAGCAACCGCCCUUGAAAUCGCCAAGCGAGAUAAGCAGCUGCUAACACAUGGCACAGUUCACCUGGUUUGUCGAGAUCAAGCCCGAGCAGAAGAUGCCAGGGGUGAGAUCAUCCGGGAGAGCGGUAACCAGAACAUUUUUCUGCACAUUGUGGACUUGUCUGAUCCCAAGAAAAUCUGGAAAUUUGUUGAAAAUUUCAAGCAGGAACAUAAACUCCAUGUUCUAAUCAAUAAUGCAGGUUGCAUGGUCAAUAAAAGAGAGCUCACAGAAGAUGGACUUGAAAAAAUUGCUACCAAUACUCUGGGUGUGUACAUUCUCACGACCGGCCUGAUCCCUGUGCUGGAGAAAGAACACGACCCCCGAGUGAUAACCAUCUCCUCAGGAGGAAUGUUGGUUCAGAAACUGAACACCGAUGAUCUCCAGUCCGAAAGAACAGCAUUUGAUGGAACUAUGGUCUAUGCACAAAACAAGAGACAGCAAGUGGUUCUGACGGAGUGGUGGGCCCAAGGGCACCCGGCCAUCCAUUUUUCUUCCAUGCAUCCUGGCUGGGCCGACACCUCAGGCACGCGAUGCAUGCUGGGAUUCCACGUCAGGUUCAGGGACCGCCUGCGCUCCGAGGCCCAGGGCGCCGACACGGUGCUGUGGCUGGCCCUCUCCUCUGCCGCAGCCGCGCAGCCCAGCAGCCGCUUCUUUCAAGAUUGGAAGCCAGUUUCCACACACUUGCCUCUCACUAGAACGUCCUCCUCACCAGCCGAAGAGGAGACACUCAUUGAAAUCCUAGAGCAGCUGGCUCAGACAUUUAAAUAG